GGAGACAGAGGCACCUGCUUUAUGUAAUUGAUAUCCUGGGGAAUUAUUGUGUACAAUAAUCAAGAAAAAUCUUCAUUUCUAAUUCUGUUAUGUGGGAAAAGAAACCCUCUUUUUUUCUGCCUGCAUGAAACAAACCCCUCUUCCACAUGGAAUAAGCUCCAGACCAUGUUUUCUAUUAUGCUUGAAUAUAUGGGACAUGCAUUGCAAUCCUAUGCUUGCCACACUGCUGCAGUAUACUUGUUUUGCAGAGCUCUGUAGCAGGCUAGUGAAAGCUGUGACUAGCCAGACCCUUGGAUACAUACUCUAAUCUCUGGCCUUUAUUUUUGCAAUUAAUUUGAUUUGUUCACUGGUGGUAUAUUUUUUCUGAUUUGUGAGAAGCUUCAUGCUCUGUGUUUGGAUGCUGACUGCAAUACAGCAAUAGUCUUUGAUACGAGUCACAGUGUACACUCUGUGGGGAGCCUGAAGAUUUGGAUUCUCUAACAGGGCAUGCAUUUCCAGAGCUGCAAGUGUUAUGGGCAUGUUGAGAACUUCCAGAAGCUGGAUUAAAGCAUCUCUUUUACAAUGAUAUCUAAUCUCGUCCUAAAGCUCCAAGCAAUGGCGAGUCCACCAGCUCCCCUGAAGAAGAGGGUGGCGAUCUGCUCAAGUCGGGCUUCAGUUUUCCAGGGACGCCAGAGGAGGAGCUAGACCAGCAGUACUCAUGGUCGCCUUCUCAGCACUUCAAUGAAGAAAGAUUCUCUCCUGCUCCGAGGAAUAUGAAAGGAUUAUCUGGUAGUCGCAACCAACCACAGUUAUGUUCAGCUCAUACUUGUGGCUUAGCAUCCCCUGAAGAUUGUGAACACACCCACGACCAUAUUCACCAUGGGCAGGAGCCAAGGCAAUCGUAUCUUCUCAGCCCCACGGAGAGUUGCCCGAUGGACCACCAUCGUUGCUCGCCACGCAGCUCCAUUCAUUCUGAAUGCAUGAUGAUGCCCAUGGUAAUGGGCGAUCACAUGUCAAGUAGCACUUUCCCCAGAAUGCACUACAGCUCUCAUUACGACUCCAGAGACGACUGCACCAUGUCUCACGGUAACCCUAAGAUUAACCGUAUUCCUGCAAAUCUUUUGGACCAAUUUGAGAAACAACUUCCUCUUCACCGGGAUGGGUUUCACACUUUACAGUAUCAGAGGACCUCAACAGCUGCAGAACAACGCAGUGAGAGCCCAGGAAGAAUACGCCAUCUCGUUCAUUCUGUCCAGAAACUUUUUACUAAAUCUCAUUCUCUGGAAGGAUCAUCCAAAGGCAACGUUAAUGGGACAAAGGGAGACAGCCGAGGGGAUGACCAUCAUCACGGGCACCAUUCCAAGCAUAGCAAAAGGAGUAAAAGUAAGGAGCGAAAACCAGAAAGCAAGCAUAAAUCUGGAAUGAGCAGCUGGUGGAGCUCUGAUGAUAAUUUGGACAGUGAUAGCACUUACCGAACCCCUAGUGUGGUAAAUAGGCACCAUGCAGAUCAUAUAUCCCAUUGCUACCCUGAGGCACUCCAGGGGCAUUUUGGGGAUCUCUCAUUGAAGACUUCCAAAAGUAACAAUGACGUGAAAUGUUCCGCUUGUGAAGGGCUAGCAAUGACCCCUGAUGGUAAAUAUAUGAAAAGGAGUUCUUGGUCCACACUUACAGUAAGUCAGGCUAAAGAAGCUUAUCGCAAAUCAUCACUGAACUUAGAUAAGCCUCUAGUUCAUCAGGAAAUCAAACCUUCCUUGAGGCCGUGCCAUUACCUUCAGGUACCUCAGGAUGAAUGGGGAGGAUACCCAGCUAGUGGGAAAGAUGAAGAAAUCCCCUGCAGAAGAAUGAGAAGUGGAAGCUAUAUUAAGGCCAUGGGAGAUGAAGAAAGUGGAGACUCUGAUACUAGCCCCAAGACAUCACCAAAAUUAACAGUUCGACCAGAGUCAUUAUUAAAAUCCAUUGGACAAAGACCACUGGGAGAUCAUCAAAAUCAGAGCUACCUUCAAACUGCAAGUGACGUGCCUGGGGGUCACAACCUGGAUCCCUCUGCAAACUACAAUUCCCCAAAGUUUCGCUCAAGGAAUCAGAGCUAUAUGAGAGCAGUGAGCACGCUCAGUCAGGCCAGCUGUGUUAGUCAGAUGAGUGAAGCAGAGGUUAAUGGGCAAUUUGAAUCGGUGUGUGAAUCAGUGUUUAGUGAAGUUGAAGCUCAGGCAAUGGAUGCCCUUGACCUCCCUGGAUGUUUCCGAACAAGAAGCCACAGUUACUUGCGUGCCAUUCAGGCAGGCUAUUCCCAAGAUGAUGAAUGUAUACCUGCGAUGGCAUCUUCCAACAUCACCUCAACUAUCAGGUCAACCACAGCCGUAACUUACACAAGUUACAAAAAAACACCACCACCGGUACCCCCUCGUACCACUUCCAAGCCACUGAUCUCAGUCACGGCACAGAGCAGCACAGAAUCCACCCAGGAUGCAUAUCACGACAGCCGGACUCAGAGAAUUUCCCCAUGGCCGCAGGACGGGCGAGGGAUGUACAACUCCACUGACAGUUUGGACAGUAACAAGGCCAUGAAUCUUGCCUUGGAAACUGCAGCUGCACAGCGCCACGCGUCCGAGAGCCAGAGCACCUCAAUACGAACCAGUGACAAGGCCAUUUUAGUGACAAAAGCAGAGGAGUUUCUUAAGAGUCGACGGUCCUCUAUAGGGAUCCAGGUGGAAACAGCAACUGAUUCAGAUACUGAAAGCAGAGGCCUGCGGGAAUACCACUCUGUUGGAGUACAAGUGGAAGAUGAAAAACGACAUGGACGAUUCAAGCGCUCCAACAGUGUAACAGCAGCUGUCCAGGCUGACCUGGAACUGGAGGGCUUUCCAGGACAUAUCACCAUGGAGGACAAGGGACUUCAGUUUGGCUCAUCGUUCCAGCAGCACUCAGAGCCCAGCACGCCCACCCAGUACAGCGCAGUGAGAACUGUAAGGACACAGGGACUGUUCAGUUACAGAGAAGAUUAUAGGACCCCAGUUGACACCUCAAACCUUCCACCACCAGAACCUUGGCUCGAGCCAGCCAUUGAGACAGUAGAGACGGGUCGAAUGUCUCCUUGUCGACGGGACGGAUCUUGGUUUAUGAAGUUGCUACAUACUGAAACUAAGAGGAUGGAAGGAUGGUGUAAAGAAAUGGAAAGAGAAGCAGAAGAAAACGACCUUUCCGAAGAGAUCCUAGGUAAGAUCCGAAGUGCUGUUGGAAGUGCUCAGCUCCUCAUGUCUCAGAAAUUCCAGCAAUUUUAUUGGCUUUGUCAGCAAAAUCUGGACCCGAGCGCCAUGCCGAGACCAACUUCCCAGGACCUAGCAGGUUUCUGGGACUUAUUGCAGCUCUCAAUUGAAGACGUCAGCAUGAAGUUUGAUGAACUGCACCAGUUGAAACUCAAUGAAUGGAAAAUAAUAGAAUCACCUGAAAGGAAGCCAACUGAUUGGUGGAUGGAAGAAAGAAAGGUUCCUCCUCCUGUACCAAAGAAGCCCCCAAAAGGAAAAUUCCCUAUCACGAGAGAAAAAUCUCUGGACCUACCUGACAGACAGCGACAAGAAGCUAGAAGACGGCUAAUGGCUGCCAAGAGAGCAGCCUCAUUCCGGCAGAAUUCAGCCACAGAGCGAGCAGACAGCAUCGAAAUAUAUAUCCCAGAGGCUCAAACCCGGCUUUAAAGACAGAAUGCUGCAGAGUUCCUUUUUUAAACGAAAUGCUUGUACAGUUUGUCACUUACCUGGUAAUUUUUGUCUCAUUCUCUCCACUAAAUAUGCCCUUGCUGUUGUGUUCUUUGUGCCAUAAGCACAGUGGAAUGCUUUUGAUUUCCUCAGAAUUUGCUGCGCUCAUCGCAAGAACGACUUCUUUUUGUAUUUAUUGUCUGACUUACAAUCAGCUCCAAUGGAUAGGGCUUGUUGAGACCUGACUUAUCCAAUAUAUUCUCAGAGGACAACAAGAAACACCUCUUGAGAUGGAACCCAGCUUACUUUUUUGUUAUUUAUAUUUUUAUAAAAUGUGUGAUAAUUAGGGAUAAGAAUAACAAACUAUAAAUGGGUGCAUCUCACCAUUCACUAGAGGCAUUAGCUAAUCCAAGUAGAAGGUGCUACAAAUGUAAAGAGCAGGAAAGAAAGAACCCAUUUAUCUCUCUGACCUCCAGUUUCUUUUCCUAGAACCCAGCUAACGUAUUUACCCAUGUGCUCUGCCACUCUUCUCAUCUUUGUUACUGCAAAAUAACAUUAGGCCUCUCAUGUCAUGUCAAGUUUCUGGAGAUGAACAGGGAUAUCCAGCCACUAAAACUCCAAAGUUCAUCAGAAACCAAGAAGCAUACAAGUCUGGUGGUGGUGGGAAUGCCCGCUGAGAAAUGUUUGCUGUUAGCGGUGUAACAACACUCUGAAACCUAAGCGAAAUUAUAAUGCAAGAGGACUUGAGUGAUGGGUGAAAGGAAAAUGGAAGCCUUAAAAAGUUAGAUCUUCUGUAGCAAGAUGUGUAAAGAAAAAGUUAUACUCGCUCCUUUGGAACACUCAUUGCAUUUUUAACAGUUCUUUUACGUGUUAACAUUUAUUUUAUAAACCUCUCUUUCAUUUCAAGAGCUGUGCUACAUGUAAUAUUUCAAACGCUCAAAAUGUUAUAUCAAUUGAGUUUCCAGGGUAUCCUUGAGAAAAAAAAAAAAAAUCUUGCUUGUUUAAAAUGCCAGUUGUGAUGUUGUAAACAGUUUAAGAAAUAUGAAUGUGAGUGGUAAGUAUAUCUAAGUUUAAAUGGUUAUGUUAAGGUAAAGGUGAACUGUGGUUUACAGUUGUAUUUUUAUUUUAGAACUAUUUUUCUAUGCAGUAUAAUUUAUGGCAAGAAUAAGUUUCUUGCUUGCUUCAGACAUUAAAAAAAAACAUGACUUCAGAGAUAAGUUAUUUCCAGCCAUGGAAUAUAAGGAAAAUAAUAUAUUGCAAGCCUCACAUUGUCAGAAUAGAGAAGUGGUAACUCCCACAGUCAAGAGGCUUUAAUUUUAAACAAUUUAAGACAGAAUUAUUCCACUUCACCUACCUUCCAGAGCCAACCGAGCAACCCAGCACUUCGAAGUCUUCAGGUGAAGACGCAAUAAGAUGAGUAACCCGCAGCCCCCGAUUCCGAGGUUCAAAUCCUACCGAACGUUGCUUUAGGUCCAAACAGUUUGAACCCAGUGAGACAGAGAGCCCCGACUACCGCAUCCCCCCGAUUCCCUGCUUUAACAAAUGCAAUGUAUUUAGCCAUAGGCAGAACAGCUAUUUAAUUAUACUUGAGCACUUUGGUUCUUCACCUGACGAGCACUUUAAAUCCGAAUCCCACGCACCCUGCAGCCUGAUGGUUGACUGAAAAGAUGAAGUAUCAUAGGUUUUUGCAGACCUGACAUUGCUUCAAAUCUGUUUUCUUUUGGGGUUUUUUUGUUGUUUGGGGUUUUUUUUUUUUGAGUUUCUUUUUCUUCUCUUUUUCCUACGGUGUGUAGUGUUAAGCAUGAUUUCUGUCUUUGGAGCACAGCUGAUAAAGCAUGCUUAGCUUCAAGAUAUGAAUCUUUAGAGAUGAAGUUUUGAGAAGUUUCUGUGAGGAGAAAACCCUGUAAAUUGAGCCUGAUAUCUGGUAUAUACUUUACCAAAUAGCCUUAAACUAUAUUUGGAAGCAAAAACCAAGACGAAUGUAUAUCCUUCAAAAAUGCAAAAAAAAAUAAAAAGAAAAAAAAAAAGAAAAAAAAGAAGAAGAAAAAGAUUAUUAAAUCCCUGAAAUAUACUUCUAUAGAUGAAAACAUCUUAUUUCCCAUCCCUCAUGUUUGCAAGGCAUUUUCUAUUAAGGAAAGAGCUGAACCUUAGGUGGUGUACAACAUUGAUGCUACUUUCUGUAUUUAUUAUGCUAUUUUAAAGACAAAUGCAGACACUGUCAUCUUUAGUCUUAUUUCAAGUGGAGCUGCUAAUUAGGAAUAUCCACACAAAACUAAAGCCAGUGUCUUUCCUAGAUUUAAGAAAUUUAAAAUAGGCACGCACAUCCCUAUAUACGUAUAUGGCAGCUGGGACAUUAUAUCUGAUUUUCCUGUAUAUUUCGAGAACAAAUCACACUUGACUUACUCCCUUGGAAACCCUGCAGCAGCAGGUCACGCGAUCGAGACAAGUUGUACUUGAUUCUGCCAGUAAUCAGACUAUAAAGACAAAUUGUAAAAUGAAGAGAUUAGAGGUAAGCUUAGAUCCCAGCUGACCAAAUAAUGCUGCCUUGGAGCAGUCCAUAUAAGUCUUUAAUUUUAGAAUCAUAUUUUGAUAGGUUUUUUUAAUAUGUUAAAAUGUUAUUGAAUGUUCGCAGGCAAAAAAAAGGCCUGUGUGAAUGAUGCCAACCCUGAAUUUUACAUUUCCCACGCCAUUACGAGAAAAUGCCUGAUAUGUGCUUUAGACAUCUAUGAUAUCUGUUUGUUCUACCUUUCUUCCAAAAAAGAAAGAAAGAAAGACUCAAAAGCAAACUAGAUGCCUAUUGAAAAAUCUGAUAAGAUGUUAUCUGUGCAUGUUAUGUUUCAAAGUGCAAUAUAUUAAAUUAUUGUACAGGUAACAUUCUAUCAUUAAAGGCAAAUAAGCCAUUUCUAUUUGCAGAUUAUACAUGAUUAGUUUAGAAAAAUAGCAUUAUGCUUAUCAUACUUGUGUUGCAAAUAAAUCAAAGUCAAAUUGCUUCAGUCCCUGACACGAGAAACACAGCACGUGGUAUCUUAAUAAACAUCUAAACAGAUCAAUUGCUAUCUGAUCCCACAUCAUAAAAAUAAAAUUCAGUUACAAAAGCAACGGAGAAGGAACAUAAAUAAACAGAAAGAUAGAAAGUGCAAUGCUUUCUACUCAGAGAUUUCAUGGUGUAGACCCACACAGAACAGCUGGAUAUAGCAAAAUAGUCUGGUGUUUCAUUAACUGCUAAUUGGACUAAUAUUUAUUUUAACAGAUGAAAAUUAUAGAAAGUCUCUGUUCACUUCGUCAUUGCCUGUAAGACACAAGUAUAAUAAACAGAGUUCUGAAAAUUUAAAUAAAGAAAAAGACCUGACUGGUAAAAUUGUUGAUAUUUGCCAUACUUAUUUUUGUUUUGUAUAUUUUUUUAGAUUUGAAAUUCUUUGUAAAUUGGUGAGUAUAUUAUGAAGUGUUCUAUCAUUUCAUGUUGACCUGAUUAGAAUGGCCUUUGGCAGCGUGCAAAGACUAAUAACGUUGUAUAGUUCAAUGCCAAAAAAUGACAUUUUAAUUCCUGCUUAAACCUUGCCACUAUGUAAGAUUUGAGAUCAAUCAGGAAGGAAUUAAAGCGUGCAUAGGAAGGUGUGUGGAUUUCAUAUAGAUCUAUAAAAUACAUUUUAUAUAAUGGAAAUUAUUUGUUUUAAAAUAAGCCCAUGUCCUGCUGUAUCAGUAAAUUAGUACUCUAGUUUCAUCUUCUUCAGCACUGCAUCUAGUAUAAAGUGUUUGGUCAUUGGGUGGUUUUGCGAGGACAAGAAAUAACUGCUACGUGAUGACGAACCAUACAUGCCCCAUAGUCUCCUCCUGCCCUGCUGGAGCGAUGCCUUUAAGAGGCUCUUGGCCC